CGGCGCCGCCUCGGGCUCCGCUCGGCUCGGGGGCUGCUCCCGAAGGAGGCGAGCCAGGCGAGGCGCGGCCAGCCGCGGGGUCCGUGGGCCGGGCGCAUGGCUUAAGGACGCCCCUCCCGCCGCGCCCCCAGCAUGGGGAAACUUCACUCCAAGCCGGCCGCCGUGUGCAAGCGCAGGGAGAGCCCGGAAGGUGACAGCUUUGCUGUGAGUGCUGCCUGGGCUCGGAAAGGCAUCGAGGAGUGGAUUGGGAGGCAGCGCUGCCCCGGUGGCAGCUCCGGACCCCGACAGCUGCGGGCGGCAGGCACUGUUGGCAGAGGAACCCGGGAGCUUGUGGGCGAAGUUUUCAGAGAAACACUCAGCGAGGAGGAAGAGGAAGACUUUCGCCUGGAAGUGGCCCUGCCUCCCGAGAAGACCGACGGGCUGGCCAGUGGAGAUGAGAAAAGGAUGGAGAAGUCGGGGGACUCCUGCCCAGGCUCCAAAAAGCAGCUGAAAUUUGAGGAGCUACAGUGUGACGUGUCCGUGGAAGAGGACAGCCGGCAGGAGUGGACCUUCACCCUCUACGACUUUGACAACAAUGGCAAGGUCACCCGCGAGGACAUCACCAGCCUGCUCCACACCAUCUACGAGGUGGUCGAUUCCUCCGUCAACCACUCCCCGACAUCCAGCAAGACGCUGCGGGUGAAGCUCACCGUGGCCCCCGAUGGGAGCCAGGGGAAGAGGAGCAUCCUCCUCAAUCACCCAGACCUACAGAGCACCAGGCCCAGAGCGGAGACCAAGCCCGCUGAGGAGCUGCGGAGCUGGGAGAAGAAGCAGCGAGCCCCCCUCAGGUUCCAGGGUGACAGCCGCCUGGAGCAGUCUGGCUGCUAUCACCAUUGCGUGGAUGAGAACAUUGAGAGGAGAAACCACUACUUAGAUCUCGCUGGGAUAGAAAACUACACGUCCCAGUUUGGGCCUGGCUCCCCGUCAGUGGCCCAGAAGUCAGAACUGCCCCCCCGCACCUCCAACCCCACUCGGUCUCGCUCCCAUGAGCCAGAAGCCAUCCACAUCCCACACCGAAAGCCCCAAGGCACGGACCCAGGCCCCUUCCACUUCCUUGACACCCCAUUCGCCAAGGUCUCGGAGGUCCAGCAGCGGCUCCGGGGCACCCAGGACGGGAGCAAGCACUUUGUGAGGUCCCCCAAGGCCCAGGGCAAGAGUGUGGGUGUGGGCCACGUGGCUAGAGGGGCAAGAAGCAAACCCUCUCUGGGAGCCGCCAUCCCUGCGGUGUCCCCAUCCGCUCACCUGGCUGCCAGCCCGGCCCUCCUCCCCACUCUGGCACCCCUCGGGCACAAGAAGCACAAGCACCGAGCCAAGGAGAGCCAGCAGGGGUGCCGGGGCCUCCAGGCGCCGCUCGCCAUGGGCAGCACCGUCAUGGGGCGAGACCACGUGAGGGAGCUGCCCGCCGUGGUGGUGUACGAGAGCCAGGCUGGCCAGGCGGUCCAGAGACAUGAGCACCACCACCACCACGAACACCACCACCAUUACCACCACUUUUACCAGACAUAGGGCCCCUCCCAGAGCCCCCGCCCCCGCCAUAUGAAGGACCCCCCCUUCCCCGUGUCCCCAAGGCAUUAUUAUUCUAUUAAUUAUUGUUAUUAUGACGAUUAUUGUUAUUAAUAAUUAUUGUUACUCCACUAAUAUUCAGCUAGCCUCCAUGUAGAAGAUAUAUGGAAACACAGAACUAAACUUUUAUUUAUAUGUUGUGGGGACUGCAUAACUUACCCAAGAAGUGACUGUGGGUUUGGAAAUGGCCUGUAGGUGUCAGAGACUCCCUGGAGCUCCCAGUUGCGGGUUCCCACGCAGGCCCACACCCUUCCCAGCCUGGGGGUGGGGGUGGGGCGGGGCCAGAGCUGUGCCCCACCCCCAUCUCUUCCAGGAGAACACCCUUACCUGGCCCGGCUUCCAGAGACCCUCGAAAUCUCCGAGAAGAUAAACAGCUGCUACCUCUUAGUAUUAUUCUGAUUUUGUUUUGCCCUUAACUGAUUGUAAUGUGCUACAAGGAUUUCAGCGGACUGCAGAUGCGUGACCCUCCUCGCUGUUGUUUAUGUCCCAACCUAGAAACCUGAGCUGUCCUUUCUGCAGUUAUUUUUCACGCCUUUCCAGUGGGAUCACGCCCUUGCCCCAAACGUUCUUCCGUGCACAACGUGAAAACACACUUCUCCUUUCCCUCCUUUUCUUCUCUUCUUUAGAAAGAUACACACACACACAUUUAAGGACUGUCCCUGAAACCAGACUUUUCAUUUUGGGGCCCUCCAGAGAGGGAACCCACCGCACAAACAAGCGUGGUUUUCCAAGGUCGGGCAAUUGUGUAUUGUUGGUUGUGGGAGGUGUGGAAACCUCGUGUACUACCGUUGGCAAAUAUAUACGUACUGACGUGGUUCUCUCACAGAGCUUUCUGUAUCUCUAGCUAGAUGCCAUCUGUCCAUUUCUAUGUAUCUUUCUAUAAAUAUACACUCUCAGGUACCUUU